GGCGGGCGGCGAUGGAUGCUGAAUGAUGGACAGGGGUAUGUUGGGUUAAGCUGUAUACUUAUUUCUACCCUUACCCAUCAACCUUCCCUCAUUCCACCUACUUGCUUCCUCGGGUGUUGCCGAUCAUGCCGUGGGCGACGAACCCCUUCUUCAAGAAGGCUACGAAGCCUCCCACCGAUGUCGAAGCAGAACCGGUAAUACCAGCUGUCGCCACCCCCGAUUUAAAUUCAAGUCCGCGACAAGAAAUUACGCGAAGCAUCGACGACACGUUUAAAGAGCCGACGACCAAAUUCACGGCCCAUCAGAUAUUCUAUAUUUUCAUCCUCGAUGGAAUCGGUGCCAUGAUCUUAUCCGGCGCUAUCAACUUCGCUAUUGCAUAUGCCAUGUACAAUACCCAAGAUACUGCAACAAGGCCUAUUCGGUUAUUUUCGUUUCCAAACACCCUUGCUGGAGAUGGCGGUGUUACUAUUAUCAUUCAAAGUCUCGUCACGUGGCAUAUCGAGCUCUUCCUAGUAAACCGAGAUCUAAGGAAGGGCGGCGUGCAUCCAAUCGGUUUCAUCUCAGAACCCACUAACCGAAUUAUUCGUUGGUUUAUGUUCCUAGACCGACCAAAGGAAACGCACGAAGUUAGCAGCCUUGUGCAUUGGCUAAGCUUCUUCCGCUCCCAGAUCCUACGGGCGCUUUUAGUGGCUGUGGUAUCAUUCCCAUUUAUCUGGGGUCCAAGUAUCGGCUUCCUCACCCUUGCAGGAACACGGGAGGGCAAUGAUUGGUAUUACGACAAAGUGUGGGCGCCACAGAUGUUCAAACUUAUCGAGGGAGGUGUGCUAGGACUGCUGACUACACCACCCAUGGUGCUAUUCUGGCUUACGAGAUGUGGAUGGGCAUUGAAAAAUAAUGAGGAAAGUUACGGUGAAAGAUGAUUAUCCAGGAGGAUUCCAGCAUCAUUAUAGAAGUAGGUAUAUACCAACAAUGCAUCAAGGAGAUACCCGUCAUCCCAUGGUUUUCGGCGUUCGGGUUUGGUGUGGACCACUCAUAUCAUGUGUGGUACCCAAUGAGAUACAGGUUUCAAGCCCCGCCAAAUUAAACUGCGCGCAGUUUCCGGUUCGAGUUUUACAAUAGGAAUUUCGAUAUCGGAAUCAGUGUUUGGCCUUCAUGGUCUACUAUCGCGCGCCGAACGAUUAACGAGUCCCAGCGCCGCGCCCGAAUAUUCAUCGACCGUGUGGCUUA